AGCUCAAUGCUAGUGUGAUGGCCGCUCUCAGUGGUGGCGGCCCAGACGUGUCUCACAGGCAAACAGCCAACACCUGAUGCUCACAUGAACGGCCUCCGUGAUGCUCCCUACAGUCCCUUAGCCUUCCCGACCCAAAUUCGGGUUCUUUGCUCCCCACUUCCUCGAUCUCUGCCUCUCAUCAAUCUAGGGAUGCUUAAUUAGGCCCAAGACAGCAGUUUAGGAGGUCCGCCAGCCGAACUCCGCCCUCCGAAGCGUCUGCCUACCGUUGGCCCGAUCCCUUUCUGUUUCGGUGACGCCAUCGCCUUUGUGAACAACCGUUCACAACCAUGACGCUGGGAACCGCCCCAUCCGGAAACCAACCACCCCGACGAUCCCCCUCACCAUCCGGCAGCCUCUACGCCAUGAGCGACGACGAGGAAGGCGACUACAACACCAUCACCAACACCGAGACGGGCCGGGGCGUCAAGCUCCUGUACUCCAAGGGCAAGGUGUACAUACACCCUACCCCGUCCUCCAAGGAUAACAUCGCGGGGUACAUCGCUCUGCUGCAGCAGAAGCCCGCCCGGGAUGACGGCCGCCCGACCUCGUCCGCGUCGCGGCCCUCGGCGACCGACCCCUCCUCCUCCGACCUGCUCCUCGCGUGGCUUCCCGAGUCCUCCCUCGGCGACUCGGCCGGCGUCUACGUCAAGGUAGAUCUCUGCGAGGGCGACUCGCCCCCGCGACAGUCGUUCCUCGUGCCGCCGCCGCCGACCGUGACCACGCACAGCGGCUCCCUCGGCCACUACGCAUUCGCCGUCCCCGUCUCGGCCAUAUACAGCCUCUUGGUGCGCCCGCCGAGCCUGGGCUGGUGGUUCGGCUCCGUCAUCAUCAACACGCGUGCGGGCGAUUCCUUCCCCGCCCUCUUCUUCCACGACAGCGAGUGCCAGUCGACCAUGCUGCGGCAAAAGAAGAUCGCGCGUGAGAGCUUCGAUCCCUUCGGCAGGGAAGGGCAGAUGUUUUGGGGCGGCGACGAGGUGCUUCGCUGGCUGCGGCGCUACGUCAAGGUCGAGCGCAGCGGCGCCGAGCCCAACAUCUACCUCGUCGAACCGAGCAAGGAGGACAUGGAGGCCUUUGGCGGGAAGCCCACCAUAAGCUCGCCCCGGAGCGCCGGCGCACGGGAUGGGGCCGCCGCAGGCCCGUCGUCGGCGGUCGCGCCCAGGCCCGGGGAUGGCGGCAUGGACCCCCUCACCAAGUUUGUCAAGGAGACGGGGUGGAACAUCAUGGAGAAGCUCAGCCAGGUGACUACUUUUACGCGACAGGCCGCGCAGGACGUCCUGGACAACCCGCGCGUGCCGCCGCAGGUUCGGCGCCUCAUGCGUAACCCCGAGGUGCAGACGCUGCAGGAGGAGUUCGACAGCGCCCGCAUCUACCUGGCGCGCUGGGCCAUGGGCAUCGCCGAGCAGAGCGAGCGGGACCGCCGCCAGCGCAUCUGGACGGCGCGCGAGGUCAUGGAGCUCGAGGACACGGACGUCGGCGAGUUCGAGCUGCUCGAGGGCGCCUCGGCCCUCUCGCUCGAGGAGCAGCGGCGGGUCGUGACGUUGAAAGAGUGGAACGGCUUCUUCGACCCGACCACGGGGCGACUCGGCGUCACCCCUGACGAGGUCAAGGACAGGAUCUUCCACGGCGGCCUGGACCCGGACGACGGCGUCCGCAAGGAAGCGUGGCUCUUCCUCCUUGGCGUCCACGACUGGUACAGCACGGCAGACGAGCGCAGGGCGCAGCUGGCGUCGCUCCGGGACGGCUACGUCAAGCUCAAGGGCGCCUGGUGGGAGCGGCUCGUGGACCUCGGGGGCCAGGGUGAGAUGGGCGAGUGGUGGCGGGAGCAGCGGGCUCGGAUCGAGAAGGACGUGCACCGGACGGACCGCAACGUGUCAAUAUUCGCGGGCGAGAACCAGCCGCACCCGGACCCGGACUCGCCCUUCGCGGCGACGGGGACCAACGUGCACCUGGAGCAGCUCAAGGACCUGCUACUCACAUACAACGAGUACAACAGGGAGCUGGGCUACGUGCAGGGCAUGUCGGACCUGCUGGCGCCCAUCUACGCCGUGGUGCAGGACGACGCCGUGGCCUUUUGGUGCUUCCAGCACUUCAUGGACCGCAUGGAGCGCAACUUUUUGCGCGACCAGUCGGGCAUGCGCGCCCAGCUGCUCGCCCUCGACCACCUAGUGCAGUUCAUGGACCCAAAGCUGUACGCGCACCUGCGGUCGGCCGACAGCACCAACUUCUUCUUCUUCUUCCGCAUGCUGCUCGUCUGGUACAAGCGCGAGUUCGCGUGGGACGACGUCCUGCGCCUGUGGGAGGUGCUCUGGACCGACCGCCUCACCAGUAGCUUCCACCUCUUCUUUGCCCUCGCCAUCCUCGAGAAGCAUAGGGAUGUCAUGAUGAACCACCUCAAGCACUUUGACGAGGUUUUGAAAUACGUAAACGAGCUCUCCUGCACAAUGGACCUCGAAUCCACCCUUAUCCGGGCGGAGGCUCUCUUCCGGCGAUUCCAGCGGCUGGUUGAGGCCAUUGACAAGAAGGACAAUUUCCCGGCACCGCGCACUUCGAGACCUCAACUGGGGCAGUCAUCGUCCUCCGCCUCCACAGCUGCCGGUGGCACAGACUCAGCUUCGCCCUCGGGCCCCUCGUCGUCUACCAGCCAACGGAAUCAGCCGCAGCCGCAAUCGGGAUCUGCUCAGGGCGGGGCUGCAAAAUCGCCAGGCGGGAAGGCGCCAGAGGAGGUAGUUAAAGUCAUCACCCCUGAGCUGAGGGGACUGCUGAGCCGGGAGGUCAAGAUCCUCCCUAGGAAUGAGGUGGCCCAAAAUGGCGACGGGUGGGCUGAAAAGAAGACGUAAUUGGUUGCUCUUGAAUUACUCUCUUUCUUCGUAUUGUAUUUAUCUAUCUUGGUUUCUGACCCCAUCGCCGAGACUUGUGUUUGAGAGGCUUGGAAAUUUGGGGAUGUUAGCAUUUGCUUAGGUUUUGCGUGUUUUGGGUUGGGAAUAACAUUUCUCAUCAACCCCUAGAUAUGUAGGUAGUCAUGAAUAGUAUAAUACACGGCGGGUUAGGAUCGUGGAGUGGUCAAAUACCCAAGUCCACUCGCAAAAGGACAAUUUCAGUAACGCCGCGACCGAGGCCUCUGUUGAACCGCCCUCGUUCUUUUUGCCUAGAAGAUGAAUCUAGCACAUCCGAACAAGUUUUUUUACUUUUUCCACA